GACUAACGACACUGAAGUGCACAACGAGUGACUAUGGGACAGUACUUACACUGACCACUGCUCCACGUGGGCGAUAUGGGCGACAUACCAGAGCGACAAGAACACCACGCGGAAAAUGCAACAUCAACGGAGUCACGAACGUCAACGUUGACAGCCACCCCCCAGCAAGAACCUGACUCGGAGGUCAAGAUCCACAAGGCCUGUUUGAAUGGAGACCUGGCCCGAGUGAAAUACAUCGUAUCUCAAGGCCAGGAGGAUAUCAACGUUAGAGACUCCAUAAUGAGCACUCCUUUGAUGAAGGCAGCAUGUGGGGGGAACAGAGACCUGUUUGAUUUCCUCGUGGGAGAAGGAGCUGAUAUAUCACUACUGGACAGCCAUGGCUGCAGCAUACUGCACUGGGCCUGUAGAGGAGAAAGUAUUGAGAUGGUCAAAUAUAUCCUGUCCAUGGAGGGAAUGGACGUCAACAGUAGAGGGACUGACGGGCUGACGGCAUUGUCAAGUGCAGCAUGGCGAGGAAACGUCGACAUGCUGAAGUUCCUUGUCAGCGUAGGCGCUGACGUGACUACCGUUGAUGAUAUUGGUGAAAACAUCCUUCACUCUGCCUGUGAAGGAGGAAAUGUGGACAUGGUGAAAUAUAUCCUCUCGAAGAAUCUCGUAGACGUAAACGCUAGGACUAAGUUGGGUGAGACAGCCGCAGACAUAGCCCAGCAAUGGAAACAUCCGGAAGUGGUAAGGCUUCUGAAAAGGCCACGUUGUCAUUUGAUGUGAGUGGGAUAUUGGUUCUGGGCAGCUUUUGCGGCGGAGAGUUGUAUGAUGAGCGCGCAGGGAAAACACCACUGAUGACUGCAGCAUUUGGAGGGUACAGACAGCUGCUCGAUGUCCUCUUGACUGACAGGGGGGC